AUGGCCGAGCUACAAGCAGAAGUCAAAAGACUUGCCGAACUGUCAACCCAGAACAGCGCCAGUAAACGCGAAGAGGGUAAUUCCAAAGGCCCAGCCCAAGGCAACACAGACCUAUUGAGUGUCAACCCACCAAAGGAGAGGCUGACCUUAGACAACCCAUUUUCCGAAGAAAUCACGAAUUACCAGAUGCCAAAACAUUUUACACUGCCUUCCUCGCUCGAGCCAUAUAAGGGGAUUGGUGACCCCCUGGCUCAUAUUAAGAAACUUCAGUCCAUGAUGUUUUUUAAUGGCCCUAAUAAUGAACCUGUGCUUUGCAGAGCUUUCACAAGGUCCUUCAUCGAUUACUUUGCGGCAGCACAUAUUUACGUAUACGGAUCAUAUUACCUCAGCACCAUCCGCCAAGGUCCACAAGAAAGUUUGAAAGAUUAUAUGACCAGAUUUACAGAAGCAACAAUGGAGAUACCAGACCUGAAGCCUGUUGUCCACUUACAUGCCCUCAAAGCCGGCCUCCGACCCGGAAAGUUCAGAGAGACAAUAGCGGUCACUAAGCCGAAGACGUUAAAAGAAUUCUGGAAAAGAGCAGCCGGACAGAUGGAGAUUGAAGAGCUCCGUGAAGCCGACAGAAUAGAAAGAAAACCCAGGAGGGAGGAAGUCAGAACGCCAAGGUCGGCGAACAACAAAGAAGCCGGAAAGCCAUUCAAGCUCACCCCAAAAUUCGACAACUACACCAGAUUCAACACAAAGAGGGAAAAGAUAAUCAAAGAAAUACUCAACGCUAAAAUCAUAAAACCACCAGCAAGAGCUGGGAGCUAUCAAGAUCAGCGAUUUGUUGACAAAAGCAAGCACUGUGCGUUCCACCAGAAGUACGGGUACAUAACCGACGAGUGCGUGAUAGCUAAAGAUCUCUUAGAAAGAUUAGCUCGGCAAGGCCUCCUAGAUAAAUAUAUUGAAGGAAGAAAACACAAAGAGAGUGGUAGGGACAAAGAAGAACGCCAACAAUCCUCGGGAAGCAAGGAAGACAAUAAAUGGUCAAACAACACCCCACCAAAAGGGAUUAUAAACUGCAUAUCCGGAGGAUUCGCCGGGGGAGGCAAAACAACAUCGGCAAGAAAGCGGAGCUACCGCGCAAUGCUGGCAAUUGAAGGAACAGCACCACAAAGCAACAAAGAUAUGCCCAACCUAGAAAUCACUUUCAACCAGGCAAACAUAUGCUCGACCGCUCCACAUUCUGACGAUCCAGUGGUAAUCUCCAUCCAAACAGGCGAGCUAUUGGUAAGAAAAGUCCUAUUGGACCCAUGUAGUAGUGCGGACAUCCUCUUUUACUCUACUUUUCUAAAAAUAAAAUUAUCUGAAAAACUCAUGCAACCCUCAUCUGGAGAACUAGUAGGAUUCUCUGGAGAAAGGGUCCCGAUCAAGAGCUACAUAUGGCUAAAGACAACAAUGGGAGACGACUCAUUGUCAAAAACCAUUGAUAUACAAUAUCUAAUAGUUGACUGCCCCAGUCCUUACAAUAUUAUUCUCAGAAGACCUGCUCUGAACACGUUCAGGGCAGUGGUAUCCACUUUUCAUCUAUACGUUAAAUUUCAGGUACAGGACGACAAGAUAGCGACACUCCACUCAGACCGCCAACAAGCUCGGCGAUGCUACAACGCGAGCCUAAAGAGGUCGGACACAGGACAUAAUUAUGAACAUGAAGUCAAAGCAAUACACAUCACAAAAGAGGUUUUGUCCCUAGCCGAGUUUGACCCCCGAGGAGACACCCAAGAUAGGUCUCAACUAGCAGAUGAGCUCCAAAAGGUUCCGCUGACAUCAACACCGGACCAAGUCACAUACAUCGGCCAGGCACUCCAAGGACAAGAAAGGUUGGAACUCAUAAAGUUAUUACAAACCAACGCCGAUCUGUUCGCCUAG